AUGCUACCCGUCAACGAGCUCAAGUCCAAUAUGGGAAAAUUGUUCGUAAGAUUCGGGCCAGCCGAGCAGUGGAGACGGCAUGGCGAUGACCUGAUCGUGACGCCGUUUGCGCAGCUGUUGGCCAGCCUGCGAAAUGUGCGGACGAACCUCGUGCAGAUUGCCAAUAUACAUCACCUCGAUGAAGGCCGACAUCAGAAUAGAAGUGCAAAACGGCCACCCCUCCACUCUACGCCACUGCCCGAAAAUGUUGUAUCGACCGCCUCGGAGACGUUGGAGGAACUUGACUGGUGCCUUGAUCAACUGGAGACGAUUCAAACGCAUCGUUCUGUCUCGGAAAUGGCCUCCAGCAAGUUCCGAAAAAUGCUCAACAAGGAGCUGUCCCACUUUGCCGAGGCGUCCAAGUCCGGCACCCAGGUCUCCAAGUUCCUCCUCUCCACGUAUAUGGACAAGGAGGUCGAGGAAGACCAGAGCCCGUCGUCAGCUGAGCCGGAGGCUCCCUCCACCUCAGCCGCCCCGCACGUCUCGAUGGGGUUGCUGAAGAAGGCGCAGACGGCGGCGAUGAACCGGAUUUCAGGUGUCCGCAAGCUACGCGCCCAUUCCCACGACGGUCAUCUGCCUGAAUUCGGCGUCCCGUGCGCAGCCGAGGUGGCCGUCCAUAUGCAACGGUUAAACGACUGGGGCCCGAACGUGUUCAAGAUCAACGACCUGUCGAAGAACCACGCCCUCACCGCCGUCACUUACACAUUGCUCAAGGAUCGCGGCCUCAUCAAGACGUUCGAGAUCCCGGCCACCACCCUGAUCACCUACUUGCUCAACCUAGAACAUCAUUAUAAGGACAACCCCUACCAUAAUCACAUCCACGGCGCCGACGUGGCCCAGUCGAUGCACGUGCUCAUCUCCUCCCCGGUUCUCGAGAAUGUCUUCAACGACCUCGAGAUCCUGGCGGCCAUUUUUGCUGGGGCCAUCCACGACGUUGACCACCCCGGCUUCACCAACCAGUACUUGAUAAAUACAAACAACGAGCUGGCGAUCAUGUACAAUGACGAGAGCGUCCUCGAGCAGCACCACCUGGCCGUCGCCUUCAAGUUGUUACAGGACUCAAACUGUGAUUUCUUGGCGAAUCUGCCGCGGAAGCAGCGGUUGCAGUUCCGGAAGAUUGUCAUCGAUAUGGUUCUCGCGACCGACAUGUCGAAACACAUGUCCCUCCUUGCCGACCUGAAAACGAUGGUUGAGGCCAAGAAGGUGGCUGGGUCAUCAGUCGUACUGCUCGAUAAAUAUAACGACCGAAUCCAGGUGCUGCAAUCGAUGAUCCAUCUGGCUGACCUGUCGAACCCGACGAAGCCGAUUGAUCUGUACCGGCAGUGGAACGAGCGGAUUCUUGAGGAAUACUGGAGGCAGGGAGAUAAGGAGCGCGAGCUCGGCAUUCCGAUGUCCCCGAUGUGCGACCGGAGCAACGUGACGAUCGAGCAGAGCCAAGUCGGCUUCAUCGACUACAUCGUGCACCCCCUCUACGAGACGUGGGCCGACCUCGUCUACCCUGAUGCUCAGGAGAUUCUCGAUAAGCUCGAGGAGAACCGAGAGUGGUACCAGUCGCGGAUCCCGCAGGAGGAAGCCGACAAACCGGACCAACCAAACCACGACUCUCCUGGGGCCUCGAACCACAAGUCC